GCUGGCAAUGCAACUUGGUGCCAAGCCUUUUUCAGUUUUGUCUUCAAUCUUCAUGCUGGCAGUGGAGUUGCGGUGAUCAACAGCUUCCUAUAUUGCUGGAUAAAAUCAGUGGGUCUGUGUCAAUUGUCCGUAAGCUCAAAGAUGAGCCUUUCUCUGGUUGCUGAUUACGCCUCAGAUGACGAGGAUGCGGGGCAGAACGGCGCCCUUUCUGAAGAUAGCGCCGAUGAGGCUGAGCGGGAGGAGCAAGAGCGCAUAGCUGCAGAAAGAGAUGCGCAGGAGAGAAGGGCUCGAGCACGAGCGGCUGUGGAAGCUCAAAGGGCCUUGCAAUCAGCCCUGCCCCCACCCGACAGCUUAUUUUCAGAAAUCAAGGGCCCUCCUGCCUUCCUGCGGCCAGACGCCAUCAAGCCUGUUCACGAGCAAGCUGUUGGAGCCUGGGCAGAUCGGCCCGCUUUUGAAGCGGAAGACGAUGAUGAGGCUCCCGGUGGGCCAGUGCCGGCUGCGGACGGAGGAGCGGAUAGAAAGCCCAAAUCGGGGGGAGCGCCAACAGGUGCGGUCAUUUCUGGGGCGCCAGUACUGAUAAGAGAUCAAGAGGUGGAGCAUCCGCGGCCGUCUACUGAACCUCUGGGAGCUCAAGAUGCUCGGAACCCAGGCGUCACGAUGCCUAACCGUGAAGAAGCAGCUGCGCUGCUCAGUGCUUGCGAAAAGUGUGGCAUCCCGAAGACAUUUUCGACAGCUCUCGGGGGCCUGGUCUGUCCUCAAUGCAAAGGCCGAGCGCCCGGGCCGCCUCGGCAAGAAACAGGGAAGCGCAAGGGGUUUGUUAAGGACAAGGAGAAGGAGAAACGGAUGAAGGGCCAGUCGGUGCAUGCGUCCUGGAAGAGCGAGGGCGAAAUGCUUCUAAGACAGCAGUUCGAUUAAGAUUGGUUAAUAUGGCAGACGGUCAGUCCGUGGCUUACAAACGUCUGCUCACUCUGCUCUCUUAGCCACUGAGUCGAGGCUCUAAGAACAGGGCCUUUUGCUGCCCAACGCAUGUGUGUAAUAUCAAUCAUCCGGAUGGUUCGCAAGAGUGGCGGCU